GGAGUAUUGCCGAGGGUAAAGGCAUGUGGUCGCACGGUGGUCAAAAAGUCGAUGCUAGCCGCCCCCAUAUACAACGAUCGGGAGUCCAUGUCUGAAACUGUCUGUUUCAUACCUUCACUCUCUCCUCCAUGACAGCACCAUGACUACCGAGCAACAGCCCAAAGAUGUCCUCAAUACCGUCAAUCUCGUUACGCAGUGUCUCUGCAUUCCCAUCAUUUCGCUUUUCGUCGCCUUGCGACUCUACAUUCGAUUACGAUUCAAGCAGUCGAUCAGCACAGAAGAUUAUGCCUGUGUCAUAGCAUGGCUCCUCUUUAUGGGAUACUGCGCCAUUAGUAUCGUCAUCGGUCAACAUGGCGGAGGAUACCACAUCACGGACCUUUCGGAUGCCCAACAGAUCCAGUUCAAAAAGUUCUGCUACAUCGCAACCAUCCUCUACUGUCCCAUGGCCCUCUUUACCAAAAUCGCCCUCCUCUCCAUCCUCACUCGCAUCUUUGCGCCCUAUCGCACCAAAGUCUGGUUUAUCUACAUCCUCCUCGGCUGUCUGUGCUGCUACUACACCGUCGCACUUGUCAUCAAAAUCCGCAUGUGUGAUCCCGUCCCCAUGUACUGGCUGGGCGCCGUGCCCGGUGGCUCGUGUCUCGACCAGACAGCCGCCUUGAUCGCCGACUCCGUCAUCAGUGUUGUUAGCGAUUUCAUCAUUCUCGUCCUGCCAUUGCCAUUGACCUGGUCGUUGCAAAUGUCGCGCAACCGCAAGCUGCGUGUGAUGGGACUGCUCGGCGCAGGAGGACUGGCGACCGGAUUCAGUCUGUAUCGACUUGUGCUGGUUUUGAAAGAUGGAAACUCGGCCGAUCAGAGCAUUGUCUUCAUUUGCGUCAUUCUCUCUGGAAAUGCCGAAGGAGGCGUCGGAUUGAUCUGUGCCUGUUUGCCCGUCCUCAACAUCCUGCUCGCCCACUACCACAAGAGCUACGCCUCCAACAAAUACUACCAGCAGAGCUCCAACGUCCAGCUGGGCAACAUCAGAUCCGGCACCAACAAGUCGGGCUCCCAGUGGGACAAAUCGCCUGCGUUUGGCGACCAGAGCCAUCUCAUCUCCUAUGCCGGCGAGCCCGAGGCAGCCGAAUCUGUGUAUAACGACGAUGGCAUCCGCAAGACGGUGGCUGUAUCACAGACGGUGGAGACGGCAGAUGGACGAAGCAGUCGAUAAAAGUGACUAGUAAUGCAUCUACGAAGAAUUUCUUAUAAUAUACCAUAGAUUAUUAAUAUCCAUUUACUCAUGCCGUUACUCAACCUGUAUUAUGAUGCUCAUCAAAAGUGCUGGAAUAUUUCGAUUAAAAAGGAGAAGGAGCAUGACGUUCA